UUAACAAGAAGAGAAGGGUGCGCGAGUGGCCCGAGCUCGUGCGGCUCGCUGCGCGCAGGCGCCAAGUGGAGCCUCCUACAACAAGAAGCAGCAGCCAGGCAAGAUGGCGGACCUGGGGAAGAAGUACUGCGUGAACUGCCUCGCAGACGUCACCAACCUGCGGCUUCGCUGCACCGACUGCCCGGAUAUCGAGCUGUGCCCGGAGUGCUUCUCGGCGGGCGCCGAAAUCGGCAACCACCGCCGAUGGCACGGCUACCAGCAGGUCGACGGCGGGCUGUUCUCACUGUGGGGUCCAGAGGCAGAGGGAGGAUGGACUAGCAGGGAAGAGCAGUCGCUGCUCGAUGCCAUCGAACAGUACGGCUUUGGAAACUGGGAGGACAUGGCCGCGCAUGUCGGACCAUCCCGGACCCCGCAGGAGGUCAUGGAUCAUUACGUCGUCAUGUACAUCCACGGCAACCUGGGUAAAGCCUGCAUCCCCGACAGUAUUCCCAACAGGGUAACCGACCACACGUGCCCCAGCGGGGGGCCCCUGUCGCCCAGUCUCACCACCCCGCUGCCCCCUCUGGACAUAAGCCUGGCCGAGCAGCAGCAGCUCGGCUACAUGCCGCUGCGCGACGACUACGAGAUCGAGUACGACCAGGACGCCGAGAAGCUCAUCAGCGGGCUGUCGGUCAACUACGACGACGAGGACGUGGAGAUCGAGCUGAAGCGAGCCCACGUGGACAUGUACGUGCGGAAGCUGCGGGAGCGGCAGCGGCGCAAGAACAUCGCGCGGGACUACAACCUGGUGCCGGGCUUCCUGGGCAGAGACAAGAAGGACAAGGAGAAAGAGAAGCCGGGGGGGCUGCAGGCCGGGGGCGCUUCGGUUCCCGCCGGCGGGGCGGGAGCGGGCGGCGCCGCGGUGGGGCCGGGCUCCACGCCGGCGGCGGGGCCCGGCCCCAUUCCGAGUACGCCCAAAAGGAAGAUCACCAAGGAGGAGAAGGAGCAGCGGGUGAAGCUACGGGCGCUCUGCCAGUUCAUGGCGCACCGCGAGUUCGAGGAGCUCUUCGAGAACAUGCACAAAGAACGGGUGCUGAGGGCCAAGGUGCGCGAGUUGCAGCGCUACCGCCGCAACGGCAUCACGCGCCUGGAGGAGUCCGCCGAAUACGAAGCCGCCCGCCACAAACGGGAGAAACGCAAGGAGAACAAAAACGUGGUGGCGUCCAAACGGGGCGGCUCGGGAGGGGCCGGGCUCGGCUCCGGGGCGGGACUCUGCGGCGGGGCCGGCGGGGGCGGGGGCGGCCCCGGGGGGCCCGGAGCCGGAGGUGGGAUCAAGGAGGAAGGCAAGGACGGGGAAUUUGCAGCCAUCGAGAAUCUGACGGGGUUCGAGCUCCUGUCCGACCGGGAGAAGGUGCUGUGCAACUCCCUGAACCUGAGCCCGACGCGCUACCUGACUGUCAAAACCAUCAUCAUCAAAGACCACCUGCAGAAGAGGCAGGGCAUCCCCGCCAAGAGCCGGCUGCCCAGCUACCUGGACAAGGUCCUCAAGAAGCGCAUUCUCACCUUCCUCACGGAGAGCGGCUGGAUAUCCAGAGACGCCUCGUAGCGCUCCCUCCCUGCAGGGGAAGCACAGGCUGCCGGUGGCCGCUAGCUGGCCAGCGUCACGCUCCGGAGGCUGGCCUCUGCUGCUGCCUCUCACCGACUACUUUUUCUACUUUUCUCUUUUUCAGCAUGUGAAUAUGUACAGUGCAAAUAAAAAGAUGGCCCACUGGAGGAAAAAAACCCUAUAUAUUCAUACACGGUCCAGGAACAACAGCAGAAAAGAAGCUAUCCUCAUAUUUUUGCCUUUUGAAGGUAACAAGGACAUUCAACACCUUUUGGUUUACUAAAAUGUGCUUCCUGCUGCAGUUCUUAUUAUUCAUAUUAUUAUUAAUAUUAUGAUGAAAGGAACAGAAUGAAAGUAAAAGCCACUUCAUACUGAAUAAUAGGAGUGUUUCACUCAUCCAGUGUUUGGAGCCACGCGUUUGAGGAUCCUGAUGAAAAUAAGCAGCUUUGUGUUUUGUUUUCACACUAUAUUUAAAACCAAACCCGAUUCAUUCAGUUCUGCUUGGUUUUCAUGCACUGCUGCUGUAUUUCCGGUACCACACUGUUUUAUCACUGAUACAUUGGCACUGAAGGGUGGAUGGUCGGCAGACUUAAAGGAACGAAGAGGACUGGGGUGUGGUUUAGCCACUAGGGGGCACUGUGGCUCUGAGUUAAUACCUUCAUUACACAGGAAGGAAAGUAUUCUGCUAUAAUGUGUUAAAAAUGGAAGUGCUGGUUGCCAAGUCACUAACUUUGUGCGUUUUUCUCGACCAUCACGCUUUUAAAGACGCGAGAUUUAGCUUUAUCCGAUUUAAGUCGGAGUGACCGCUGUUGUGACGCCUGAUUUUAAUUUCCGAAUCCUAACUGGUCCGCAGAAAUCUGAGACCGUUCCCACGCUACCAUUAGGGUUUAACAAAUACAAAAGUGCCUUAAUCCAGACCAGAGGAGUAUUCUGGAUCUGUAGAGCCGUGCUGUUGCUCUUGGUUUUAGAAAGUCAGCCCCCUGAUAAAGAUGAGUGAAAGGGCUUAAGAUAUUUGUUCUAUUGUAAGCAAAAGAAGAAGAGAGAGAAAACAUGACCCCAGCAUCACUGCUGAGGUGCUUUUUCACAUAAAAAGUAUUCUUUAAGUGCAUUAUUUUUGAAAAAAAGGGAGAAUCCAGUGUUAAAAAGUUUUUGUUUUUAACAAAAUCACUGCCAAACAUAUUGAUCAGAUCAGACCCCUCCUGUGUCCUUUUCUAAAAACCGGUGACUUUGCAUUUCCUUUUUUUCCUGGUGGACGCCACCAGUUUUUUAUUUCGGAUCUGUCCGUUCUGGAUUAGCCUGAAGCACACAGCUCCAUCUAAAGGGCCCGGCAGCGUACAGCAGCGUUAAUGUUUGUGACGGCAGGACAAAGGAAACGGGUUCUGGUCCAGCCUGGCGGGCUAUCAGGGAAGAUAGCAGUGAUGUUGUUUAAAACAUUUAUAUCUUUACAUGGAUUUUUUUAAUUUUUUAUUAUUUCUUCACUAAAUAACUCAUUUGAGGGCAUUUUCCCAUUGCUUUGCUCGUGUCUGUAGUAAUUGGGUAAUUUAACUCUCAACCCGCCUUUCUUAAAACGCAUUACAUGGUAUUUUUUUUCUAAUACGCGCUACAAUAAGGCUAAAAAGAAAUGACGUGCUCUUAAGCAUGAAACAGACCCCCCCCUGCUCCUCAGAUUAGGGAUCAAAGUCCAUAGAUUACCUGCUCCCAGAGCAGAGGUUCCCUGCCCGGGUCGUUGGGUCAGAACCCGACCAGCGUCACCGGAUGCUUCUUUGCAGGUCACUGCUCUGUGUGACAUUGCUUCUGCUUUUACGCUGGAGGAGCUGUGAUGCUGGAACAUCUUCCACGGUCCCUCUGGACUCAGAUCAUGUGUCCAGAAGCGUUUUGGGAUUUGAAGGAACGCUGAUGGGCUGCUGGGAAACCGAAACGUUGAUGUUUUAGGCUGUCUGUGCUUUCAGCCGAUGAUGGAAAGCUUGAAGCUGAAGCCGUGUGAUUGGAUUUAGUUUCUGCCUUCGGCCAGUUUGUCUCAAAGAAAAAGUGGAAACUACUAGAAGGAAAUAGUCUUUAAAGGGGGCAUAUAUGCUUACUAAGUGAACCAAAUGUAAAUAAUCUGUAAGAUAAAACAAAUGUGUAAUGUACAGUAUUUUGUGUUGUGUACAUUUUUCACAGGUUUUGUAUUAAAUAAGGAUUUUUGACAGUGA